UUAUGCAAGUUUCUUUUAACCAAAAUUAAAAAAAUGAAGGCUGCCUCUUCUUAUGAUCUCAUUACGAAACAACGACAUGGCGAUAUGAAAAGUCAAGCGGUUCCUUUUAGGCAUUUGAACAACUAUGUGAAAAAAGUCCUUAUUCAGGAAGCCCUUGAUCAGGUUAAAGGGCGUUAUCCUCAGCUAUCUGAUGCGGUGGUUUUGGACUUGGCAAGUGGACGUGGUGGUGAUAUUGGGAAGUGGUUAUAUAUGAAGAGCCCUGCUAUUAACGCUGCGGAGGUUUCGUCCGCUACGAAGGCUUUAACGACAACUUAUUACGAGUGCUACGAUAUCUCCGACGAGGCUGUUGCCGAGGCUCAACGACGAUGCAACAUACUUACAUCAAACUCUCCAAUCUCCACCUUUCACGCCUCUUUUUUUGUGGCGGACUGCUUUAGCGAGGAUUUUUUGAAAUGCACAUUGCGGGAGUCGUCGCAUUUCGGAAAAUUUCACAUCGUGAGCAUUCAAUUCGCCUUUCAUUACGCCUGCCGAUCGGAGGAAGCGAUGCAAACACUGUUGGAGAGUAUCUCGAGCGCCUUGGUGCCAGGCGGCGUUGUAAUUCUAACAACUGUCAAUCAGGACGAACUUUCGGGGAGGGUGGGGAGUAAUCGACUUGGUAAUUCAUUAUUUCAAAUUAAACUCGUGGCGGAUAUGGCCGAGUUGUCGGCAUCAUAUGAGAAGGAUAAAGAAUUCUUGUUACCACUAGGAACAAAAUAUCAUUUCAAUCUGGAUGGAUUUGUGGAUUGUGAGGAAUAUGUAGUGCCGUCGAAGAUUCUGGAGAACACCGCUAGUAAAGUUGGGUUGCAGAAGCUAAAAUCCCAUUCGCGACCGUUCCUCGAUUUUUUGAAUGAUUAUCGACAAAGCUGGAAAAAUAACAAAGGGAAUACUCUCUCCAAUGAUGAAGUAGAACUGGUAACUAUCUACUGCUCGUUUUUAUUUAUCAAGGAGUAAAUUUCUGUUAUCUGCGUUUACAAAUACACAUAAAUACGCGUGCAUAUUUGUAUGACGUACAAAUAAAAUGGAGAAUUAAUCCACUUAACUGUGAAGAUGUUCCUCCCUCAUUCCCCUCUCCUUACCCUUCCCCUUAAAGUAAUCAGUUUCUAUCUCAUUAUAAU